CCGCCCUCCCCGCUGCCGCCGCCGCCGCCGCCGCCGCUUCACCCGGCGGCGGGCAAACAGCGAGAUGAGAAAAAAACGGCUCUGAGCAAAGUGUUUAUUCAGGUGCGGGAUGAGGGCAUCUAUUCACCGAAGUAUUCUGAGAUCCCCAGCAGCAGCAGCACCGCGAAUUUGCGUGCCUUUUCACCUUUCAUUCUUCAGAAAUCAAGGUUGGCUGUUGCUGUGGCAAAGCAGCUCCUGCAAGGAGGAGAACACUUCUCUCUCCAUGGCUUUAUCUGAGCGCUUAUCAAAGAAUACUUACAUAGAGACCUGGGAGAUUUGAUUUAUUUCCAUUUUCCCAACUGCAAAACCGAAGCACUGAAAAUCACUGUAACUUAAAUUCAGAUAUUGGCAAGAAAUUGAAAUAGAUUCUCUGAAGCUUGAUGGCCAUUUUACUGUUUCGUGUGCUGGCAUCGUUCUGUCCCAGAGGUUUCUGUAUGGUUUCCCAAGCUUUAUUACUGGCCAGUUUACCUGAGUGUGGUGGGUUGACUUUGGGUGGCCGCCAGACCCCCAGCCAGCUGCUCUCGCACUCCUUCCUCAGCAGGACAGGGGCAGAAAAUGAGAUAAAAACCUUGUUGGUUGAGAUAAAGACAGGGAGAUCACCUACAAAUUGCCAUCACAGGCAAAACAGAUGCAACUUGGAGAAGAUUAAUUUAUUGCUAAUUAAAAGAAUUAGAGUAGAAUGGUGAGAAACAAAGUUUAAAACUAAAACACCUUAGAAUCAUAGAAACAUAGUAUGGUCUGGGUUGGAAGGGGACCUUUAAAGGUCACCUAGUCCAACCCCCCUGCAGAGAGCAGGGACAUCUUCACCUAGACCAGGUUGCUCAGAGCCCCGUCCAGCCUGACCUUGAAUGUUGCUAGGAAUGGGGCAUCUACUGCCUCUCUGGGCAACCUGUGCCAGUGUUUCACCACCUCAUAGUAAAAAAUCUCUUCCUUAUAUCCAGUCUAAAUCCACCUUCCUUUAGUUUAAAAUCAUUACCCUUCCCCCCUACUUCCCAGGCUCCCCCUCCUCUGCCCCCAAGCAGUGUAGGAGGGUGGGGAAUGGAGGCUGAGGGCAGGACAUGACAGCUCUCUGCUGCUCCUUCCUCUUCAUGCUCCUCGCCUGCUCCAGUGUGGGGUCCAUGCCACGGGGUGCAGUUCUUCACAAACUGCUCCAGUGGGGGUCCCUCCCACAUGCUGCAUUUGUUCAUGAGCUGCUGCAGCGUGGGUCUUCUCUGUGGGCUGCAGUCCUUCAGGAUAAACCUGCUCCACCAUGGGUCCCUCUCCAUGGGUUGCAGGUCCUGCUGGAAGAUCUGCUCCUGCCUGGGCUCUCCACAAGCUGCAGCUCCCUUCAGGGCACCUCCACCUGCUCCAGCAUGGGGUUCCCUGUGGGCUGCAGCAUGGAUAUCUGCUCCACCAUGGUACAGCAUGGGCUGCAGGGGGACAGCCUCCCUCACCAUGGCCUUCUCCAUGGGAAUCUCUGCUCUGGCACCUGGAGCACCUCUCCCCCUCCUUGUCUCACCUUGGUGUCUGCAAGGCUGUUUCUUGCACUUUUCCUCCUUCGUGCCUCUGUCUUAUGCACUGCUGUGCAGCCUUUUCUGUCCUUUCUUAAAUAAGUUUUCCCUGAGGUGCCACCACCUUGACUGAGAGGCUCAGCCAUGUGCUGCAGUGGGGCCGCUGGAGCCAGAUGGAACCAGCCCUGCCCAGCAUGGGGCAGCCCCGGCCCCUCCUCACAAGGGCUGCCCUGGAGCCCCCUGCUGCCAGCACCUGGGCACAUAAACCUAAUACACUAAGAUACUGUUGUAAUAAAAGAUUUAAAAGCUAGUGUAAAUCAUUUUAAAAGGAGAUAAUGUAAAAAUUUUGUACUCAGUGUCUAUUUUUUUUGUCAUUUGUUAAUAGCUUUUGUUCUUUGCUAAGUUGCAGUGGUUCUCAAGCUUUUCAUCAGAAUAUUUCAGUUAUCCUACAAUUUUACAAUGUUAGCAGAAACUGAGAUAGGGAAAUUGUUCCAUCUGUCAGCACGUCCAAGAAGGUAAAUUGCUAGGAGGCUGAUGCUCCAAUUGAAGUUUCCAAUUUGAAGAAGAGCUUUUAAAGAGGAGUAAUACAAUUUGUAUAGUCUCUUUCUACAGUAUUUAGAUCAGAGAUAAAUUUCCGUUUUCUUUUAUAUAUGCAGGUAGUUAUUCGACGGCUUCCUCCUUGUCUUACUAAGGAGCAACUGGAGGAACAGCUACAUCCUCUACCUGCCCAUGAUUAUUUUGAGUUUUGCACUGCUGAUCCCAGCCUUUAUCCUCAUCUCUACUCAAGAGCAUACAUUAACUUUAGAAAUCCUGAGGACAUCCUUCUUUUUAGAGAUCGCUUUGAUGGCUAUGUCUUCAUUGAUAAUAAAGGUUUGGAGUAUCCUGCAGUGGUUGAAUUUGCUCCAUUCCAGAAGAUUUCAAAAAAGAAGCUGAAGAAGAAAGAUGCCAAAGCUGGGAGCAUUGAAGAUGAUCCAGAAUAUAGGAAAUUUUUAGAGAGUUAUUGUGCUGAUGAAGAGAAAAUCUGUGCCAAUCCUGAGAUUCUUUUGGGAGAGAUUGAGGCCAAAACAAGGGAACUCAUUGCUAGAAGAACAACACCCCUUUUGGAAUAUAUUAAAAAUAGAAAAUUAGAAAAGCAGAGAAUACGAGAGGAGAAAAGAGAAGAACGGAGGCGGAGAGAAUUGGAGAAGAAACGUCUGCGGGAGGAAGAGAAAAGGAAGCGCAGAGAAGAAGAAAGACGUAAAAGAAAAGAAGUGGAGAAGCAAAAGAAGAUUUCUGAAAAAGAAAUAAGGAUCAAGCUUCUCAAGAAGCCUGAAAAAGGAGAUGAACUGGCCAGUGAAAAGCACAAAGAAAAAGGUGAAGAAGCUGACACUGAAGAAAACAAAUGGGAUAAAUCACCUGGAUCUGGGAGUAUAAAAUCCAAAUCAUUGGAGGCUUCACUGAAAGAACUUAAGGAAAAGUCACAAAAUGAUAGUGACAAAGAGCAAAGAGAUUUGGAGAGAAGAUUUCGAGACAAAGAACCCGAAAGACAAAGGUAUCGAUUGGAUGAUGGCAGAAAGCAUAGAGCUCACUAUGAGUUUGACAAGUUUGUGAGAAGGAAUGAAGAAGAGCUGAAGUGGGGGAAAGGAUACAACCAAGACAGAGGAAAGAAAGGGAACUACAACUACAGCUUCACUGUGGAGGCAGUAGACAAACUGGGUAAAGAGGACAAGUGUGAUGACAUGGCAUCCAAAAAGGAGCGCAUAAGAAAUAAGGAUCGCCCAGCCAUGCAGUUAUACCAGCCAGGAGCUCGCACUCGAACACAUACGGGAUCUACAAGUAAAACCUAUGACUGCAGUGGGAAAUCCUUCGAAGAUGCUCUUGAUAAGAAGUAUGAGGCAGAUAAUUCAGCUGGAGGUGGUUCUGAGAAGAGCGAAGAAGCAGAAUAAGACAAACAGGAGAAAAGACUUGUGUAAAGGAAUGAACUUAAGAUUCAGUGUCAUCACAAAAAAUCCACAGGGCUGUUUCAGAACUCCACAGGCGACUGCACCAACAAAAUUAUAGUAGCUCUGCCUCGUACCUUCCAUAAAAUAAAGGGAAGAGUGGCUGGAGAUCUGUAAAGUAUCUUACAGCAAAGGAAUAUAGUUGCUUUUUUACAAAAAGCAGAGCAAACACUAUUUGCCUAAUUGAAAAGCAGUUCGAUAUUUUAUUAGAUUUACCUUGAAAUAGAAAACCUCUAAUAGUUUUAAAGGAGUAUUUAUAUAAGACUUUUCAGAAGCUAUUUCACCUUUUCAAGUCGAAAGAGAUGAAAUGUAGAUUCGCAUCAGUUUGAAAUCUGAGGCACUUUAAAUAUAUUCGGUGCAUGACACGAGGGUCACGGGACCCCUUCCUGCAAACGGCAGUGGCGGGGGCCGCUGCUGCGGGGAGCUGCAGCCAGGCUCGGUGGGACUGGCCCUGGGAGGAAGCUCCGGAGCCAGGAGUGUUUGCAGGAGGAGGCCUGCAGUUUGCACAGUUGUGAGAAAUGUCUGUUGGUGUCUGUACCUCAACGUGUUUACAUUGUUUUUCAAUUAACUAUAGUGUCGGAUAAGUGUUAGUAAAGCUACAAGUAUGUUGUUGGGGAGUUUAUAAUUUUCUGAGCCACUUUUGCCUUUUUUGUUUUAAUAGGUUCCUGUGCUUAAAGCAGAAGAAAGCUAACGCAAACCUCAGCACUUAAACGAUAUCUCUGGUUUUAAUAAAUCAGCUGUUUUUUAUGUUUUUGACACUGACUUGUAAAAAAAAAAAAGUGGUUGUACAGCAAUGACUUUUUAUAUGCUAAUGUUUCAUAUAAGUUGCGGUUACAGGAUUUGGGCAAGGUAUGACACAUGACCGUUCUGCAGUUCUCUUUUUGUUAAAAAAAUAAACACACAUGAAUGUCAAAUUCAAACUACCGUUUCGUAAGAUCCAGGCCAAAUUCUGCCCUCUGAUGCAGGCACAUAUAUAUAUGUGUGUGUGUAUAUGUCUCUCUUCCAUUGGUUUCAAUGAUAGUCACGUGUCUACAGAGGGGCAGAACACGUUCAUUUAUCUUUCACAGCUGAAACUUUCUCAGUCACCUGAAACUGAGACCUGCUUUGUCACUGAAGUUAAAUAGUAAGAUAUUAAUUUAUUUUUACAUCCUCUUUGAACGUUUUAUUAUUAUGCAUAACAUCUAGUUGUUCUAGACUGAAAAAUUAUUUAUUGUAUUUUCCCAGGUAUUAAGCAUUAAAUAGAAUAAAAGCAAAAAG